CCAAUGACAUUGACAAGAUCAGUGAGACUGUAGGCGCUUCUAUCAAACGCAAGGUUGUUCCCGCGCAAGCGCUGUAAUCGAAAGAAAUCCCAUAAUUCCAAGGGCGGGAUUUGCGGUAAUUUCGUGGGUGUUUAAUCAACAUAUAAGAUUCAAAAUAACAGAAGUUUGUAGUAAGUGCCAUUUCGAAAAAAAAAAAGGAAAUUAAAAUAAAAGCAGAAUACUGAAACAAAUAUUGUGGACUUCUCGAGAAAAAAGAACUAUAUAGGUUGUACGUCGUUUAUAAAAGUAAGAAAUAUUUGGAUAUCUAAUGAUUCCCCGAAACAUGGACAUACUUAACAAAAUAUUAGGGAAUUCUUUAUACAUUUGUCACAGAUCGAUGCGGUUGUUUGGACGAACACAGUGCAUAUUUAUUGUUUUGAGUGUUUUAAGUGCGUGUACAUAUGGACUCAGUGUGGACCUUAGCAGGCUACGGGAGCUAAGAAGGCCUUUCAUAUUAGAUAAACGUCCUGAUGCUACUUGUGCAGGCAAUCCGUGUCCAGCAUGGCAGCCUUUCUUAUGUCAGUCAUCAGAAGUUUGUAUAGCUUUAGAUUCAGUUUGUGAUGGCCAUCCCGACUGCCCGGACCAUUUUGAUGAAGAUGAAGAACUCUGCAACGCUAGAAAGAGACCUCCUGUUGAAACCAUUUACAAAUUCCUGGAACGAAACCGAAAAUGGAUGCUGCAGAAGUUAUUCAGUGGUGCAGAUUUGGAACUCGUUGCACACUCUCUCGCAGUGGCAACAAACUUACAGGAUAUAGCAAUGAUGGUUGGAUUGACCCCAAAAGCUGAGAGAAAUUUGGAAAAUGUAUUUAUCGGCGUUCUCCAAAACGAUAUGCGACCUUUGCUAAAACUUGGAAUGCCCAAAGGUGAAUGGUACGACACAUCAAGCUUGCUUACACAGAUUGUCGAUGGAGGACUAAAUGUUUAGUAUAUCGGACCCGUGACUUCUGGUUACAGGAAUCCAGAUCUUAUCCAUCAGAAGAUAGUAUAUAUUUUGUAUAAAAGAGUCUAUCCGUGUACUUUUUGACAGCUAUUAUGUUUUAAAUCGCUUAAUUUUGAAACAUCUGCUCUUAAACAUCAAAAUGCCAUAUUUGUGAAUAUAUGUUGUUGAUAUACAUGAUAUUACGUAAACUAGUGCUUGUCAUUUUAUUGUCAUGGUAACCAUUCAUAUUGAUAUUUUCUGUAUAAAUGGAAGCAAAAAUGUAGCUGUGUAUACCCUCAGUUUUAUGUUUACUUACAGAAGAAUUAGAUUCACCUUUCUAUCAGAUAUAGUAGCAUUUUUUUUCAAAUUCAGUUCUAUUAUUUAUUUAACAGAACAUUUCUGUAAAAAUAUAUUUUGGUCUGGAAAGCUACAUUUCAAACUGCCGCAUGAAUGAAUGGCUAAAUGAAUUAAAAUGAACAAAAGUAUGCUUGUUGAUAUGUCCAAUAUUUAUUAAUAACUUCUUUUCAAUACACAGACACAUUUACCGUUGAAAUUAAAUUAACCCAUCGUAAAAGUGCAUAUGCAGUUUUGUACGUAGUAUAUGGUCUAAUCUGUAUGCCAAUCUGACUAAAGUACUUGAUCUUCUAAACGAAGAUCUGAGAACGACCCAUUCACAUUCGUCUUCUGUAUAUUUUGGAUUUCCAAGAUUGCUAUUUUUCGAAUGUCAAAGAGUAAGAAAAAUUUGCAGUUAAUCCAGGGCUCGAACCCGGGACCUCUCGCUUACAGAGCAAGUGCGCUACCGACUGAGCUAACCGGCUAUCUGGCAUUUUUUACAUAAAAAUUGUUAAUAUCAAAUACCAAGGCUUUUUAAAGCUUGCAGAAUGUUGUAAGUUAACUUUUGAUUGGCUAGCGGAAGGGUUGUCAGAACGAGGCCAUCAAUAGCUCGUUGUCAGAUCCUAUGCGUAGCGCAAUAGGAGAUGUACUUUAGUCAGAUUGAUCUGUAUGCUGUGUGUGAAGCGAGAAUCUGUUUUUCAAUGUUCAUCCAACAAGGUAAAUUCUUCCAAAGAGUCACAUAUUUCGUCACAAUCCCAUAUCUAUCUAUGCCAAAGUCUGCAAAGUAGUUAGGCGUCAACGUACAACAACAUAAAAACAUUCCGCUACAGUAACCGAUGCUCAGAAAGGUGAUGACGUCAUGUCGAAUAUAUUGAAAAGCAACAACAACCACAAAAUUACAUCUUAUGAUUGUAAACGCUGAUCAACUUACAAUCUAGACGAUGUAAAAACAUUUAGACAUUCUAAGAUAUGUCUUACUUUUUGUUGACCAGGGGCCGUAUUCAUAAAGCAUCUUAAGUAUAUAUUAAGUAUAAGAAAUUGAUUAUUUACUUAAGUAUUACUUAGGUAGGAAAUUUAUUUUACUUAGGUAUAUUUGUUAUUCAUAAAACGAAUUAAUAAAUAAUUCUUGGCUUUUAUUGUGGACGAAAACAUUAAAAAACAACAACAUUAAUUUCAGACAGAUACAACAUGCACAAUUAUGUUUAAAGUGCUUUUAUCUGAAAACCAACACUUUAAUCGUACUCACGACGCUAUUUUGUUUUCUGACUUAAGUCAUUUCUUACAUAUCUUAAGUUUAAGCUGUUUUAUGAAUAGGACAAGUUUUUUUUACUUAGACUUAAGCUAAAAUCUUCAAUUUAAGUCAAAACUUAUACUUAAGAUGCUUUAUGAAUACGGCCCCAGGUAACAAUAAAGUAGUAAGUGAAGAAAUAUAUAUUAAAAAGGAAUAUUUUACAAUUGUAUUGACAUACCAUACAUAGAGUACAAUGUAUUUAACGAUAUCUCCCACCCGACUAGUAUUUUGUUUAUCCGUGUCUUUUAGACGUUUUGUUCAGGAUAAACAAAAUCUGUCUGAUAAAUGAACUUGAAGCAGAAGUGGAAGAACUAUUGCUCUCUUUGGGGGGAUUCUCGCCAAGGAAUAUCACGUUAAAUAAUCCUAUAAUACCUUAAAAUAAAUUUACUGAUGUUCAGACUUAAUCGGAAUGAAAUCAAACAUUGAACUCCUGAAUUUAACAGUUUACCGAUGGUAAAAAUACAUCUAGGGUACAGAUAUCGUUAUCAACUUAAAUUGCAAAUUAAAUAUAUAUAUUGUGAUCACAACUUUAGUACCAUUAUUGAAAAAUAGGCGCAACAACAAAAUAAAUGUUACACAUGGUGAUAUCAAUCAUAUUAAUUUCACAGCAUCAAAUACGUUUCAAUCAGUAUGCUCCACAUGAACUGUAAAAUGAGAUCACACUUGCAUGGCAACCGUGCUGAGUCAGUUGGUCUAAAUCUGACAGUUGAUGAUAUUUUUCUCAGUUCUUUUGAGAAAACAGUUAAAUUGUGUUGCAGGCACGGCAUAUUUACAUAGGGAUACAGUGCGGACCAAAAACCUUAUUAAUACAUUAGACAGGUCUGUGACCGUUCAGCGAUCAUUAGAAAAAAAUAUUAGUAACAUCCGUAACAUAGCUUCCAGAUAGUAUACCGACCGUAACUGAUCUACCGAUAUUGACUCGAUAUGAGUUAUGUUUUCGCUUCAAGAUAUAUUAUUAGAUAUACUGAUAAAGCUCUCUGUGAUUUCAUGAAUUCGUUACAAUUUCAUCCAUUUUUUAUUUAUUAAAAAAGCAAUACUAAAAAAGUAGAAAAUAAAACUAAAACAUCUUAGAUUCUUAAUGACACCAAUUUAGAUUGUGUUAUUUCAAUCACCAUAACAAUGAAAAAUAUUUUAUUAGAUAAUUAAAUCAAUUUGUUUUCAAACAUAAUCAUUAAAAGGUUUUUAUAUUACUGUGUAAACAGAAGAAACAUUGUCCUUUUUGUGAACAUGUAAUACAAUUAGUUUACUGGAAUAAAUAAAUGUAAUGAAGUUUGUUAUAUUGAUUUGUAUGAAAUUGUAUGAUUUUAUAUGUACAUGUAAUAUUUGAUCUAUUUAUACUCGUUUGAUUAUCAGUUUUUAUAUGGUAGGAAUUUUGAAUGAUUGUAUCAAAAUCGUUUUGGAUAGUAUUCGUAUUAUACCAUAGUAUUUAAUAAGUCAUUUUUAGACAGUUGGUUAAUAUAAUUCUGUAAAAAGUCCCUUGAAAGAAUAUAGAAAAUAGAAAAACAAAGUAAUGUAACUAAUAUUUCAACCUAUGGUACAUUGUCGUUUGGUAAUAUAAGAUGAUUAUUUAUCUUAUAUCUUUUCCAUCAAGAAUGAACUAAAUUCUAUUAUGUAAACAAAAUUAUUUGCCUGUGUUUAUUCUUUAUAUGCUGUCCGAUUUUCAUAAACGUUACGCUUAUAUAUAAAAGUUUUAAAAAAUGUAUUCGAAAAUGUUUGGACAUUCCCCAUAGGUGGCAUGUAGCUGAAGUAGUGGACCCGCAAUGACAAUCGGCAGUUUCCGUUCGAUUUCGUAGUCUCCGUGUGUGUUUUCGGCAUUCUCGGUUGUAAUGAUUCAACAAUUUUCAGUUAUGGCCGAAGGGAGCCGAUUGUCAUGAUUAUUUGCUCACUAGUUUUAACAGGAAAUUAAAUUGUAUUCUAGAUCUAUUUGUUGCAACGUUUCAAAUUGAAAAAUCUCAAAUAUAUGUAGAUUUCAGCAAUAGAUCAGCUUUACUUCAAAACUGGUAUUAGUUAUUAUAUUCAUUUCAAAGACGACCGCCAUGGUUGUACAAACUCAAAAUUAGACUUUACAAAUUUUAAAUACUGUCGUGAAAAAACGAGAAAACAAUUAUCUUGUAGGAUGGCAAACCAUUUUUGGAUACAUUCAACUCUUGUUUUGCAUCAGCAGUGUACUAUAUCAUAUAUUUUCUGUGUGAAAGAGCCAGGCUUCUGAGUGCUGUUAUUGUUUAAAUGGAAUGUUGUUGAUAUUUUGUUAUAUGACCUACGUUGCAUCAUUCAUUGUCAUCAUCCAUGUUAUGAAUAUUGUAAAGGACAGUGUCUUUUUUCAAUAUUGAUAUCUUGGAAUAGCUAACAUUCUGUUUCAUACCAAAAGGGAUUCGGUUAAGACAUUCUAAUUACAGUUCAGUUUCAUAGAAGCAAAACCUACAUUAAUUCAAUAUUCCGUAGUAUCAUUAAAAUAUUCAGGAAAGUUUUGUAACUGACCUUUUUCUAUGAUAGCGUCAGACCCCUUUUUUCGACGAAAUAUAGCUUUCUAAAUAUCUUUAUAGACUUGAAAAUCAAAUACAGAAACGUUUCAGCUGUAAAAAUGUUAGAUUAUAGUAGACCAUUCUCAGAAUUUAUGUAGACCGCCAUAGUACAAUGGAUUCUUUGUGAAAAUCAUCAUUUAGUGAAGAAUAAGCUGUAAAAGUAGUGAUGGUUAUACGGAUUUCAUAUACUUUAGAAUGCAAGUAUUAAAACGUGUUAAUCAAUAAAAGAGUAUGUACCUAAAUAUAUUUACUGACAAAGAAUUGGUUAGUUUUAACGGCUUUCAAAAAUCAGACUACCAACUGAAAAUUCAAAGAUGGUCCGUUUUGAUGUUACGACCAACUGAUAUUUAAAUACAUUUUGAUUACGAAGUAACUUAUUUUGCUUAAUUUGAAAACUUCUAAAAUGAACUUACACGAAGGUGAUCAUAAACAAAACUUUCAUCAGCUAUGUGUGUCUUGAAAGGCAUAAUCUGAAAUGAUAAAAAUAGAUGUCAUAGGAUAAAAAAACGCUGGUGUCAAAUUCAGAUGUACACUGCGUACUGUGGGCCUGUAUAAAUAACAAGUCAAUGCAAACUCUUUAUUUAAAUCACUUAUCGUUGACAUCGGUUGGUUUCCCUGUUAAAUUGAAGAUCAAGCUAGCCGAAUAUUCAGAUGACAAGAAGCAGACUUUUUACGAACAUUUAAAAAUGCAUCAAAAUCUAUUAUAUCUGAUGAGAGGUAUAAAAAUGUGAUGAUAGCAGGUUUUGACAAAUAAUAUUCCACAAUUAACGAUAUGUUAUUUCAUUUUAAAAGAGGAUAAGUGUCGUUUCUUUUUAAGAAUUUAUUGUUAAUUCGUUUCUAUUUCGAUACAAUUUAGUCGUGUUUAAGUCACAAAGAACUAUUUUAGUAAAUUAGAGAAAAACUCUUCUUUAAUAUACAAAUGUAAUCGUAUUAUUCUAUUUGGUCCAGAUGAGCUGAAAUAUCUUUAAGUAUGUAAAAUCUUAAACUUAUUAUUUAAUAAAGCAAGUUUAGAGAUCGCUGAA